AUGCAGACUGCUUCUACAAACAUUUGUGAAAGAAUGGGUAGUUCUCAGGAGCUCAGUGACUCCAAGCGUGGUACCGUGAUAGGUUGCCACCUGUGCAAUAAGUCCAUCCGUGAAAUUUCCUUGCUACCAAAUAUUACACGGUCAACUGUUAGUGGUAUUAUAACAAAGUGGAAACAACUGGGAACAACAGCAACUCAGCUACGAAGUGAGCGUGGUCAGCGCAUGCUGAAGAGCACAGUGCGCAGAAGUUGCCAACUGUCUGCAAAGUGAAUAGCUAAACACCUCCAAACUUCAUAUGGCCUUCAGAUUAGCACAACAGUAUAGAGCUUUAUGUGAUGGGUUUCAAAG